GUGACUAGACAUGAAUGUAGAGUGGAAUGUGAGUGACAUGAAGGUAAUAGGGGUUACAUUGGGAAUGAAUUUAAAUGAAUUAGGUAAUGAGAGGCAGGUAAAUGGGGCCAAUGAAGAGAAAAUUCAGAAAGAAUGGAGGUGGCCAAGGAUACACUCUGAGUAUAUGUGGGUAAGUUGAGGUAGUGUUUGAUUGGGAGUAAUGUGGGGCAGCUUUAUAGGAAAUGGGGGUAACAUAGGGGCAGAAUGUGAGAGAAUAGAGGUGAAGGAGGGGCAGUGAUUAGGGAAAAUGAGGCCGAGAGUCAAUAAACAAAGCUAAAUGAUAGACCAAGGCAAAGUGAACAGGAGUCAUUUGAUGCAGUGUUAGGAACUAUAAGUGAAUGUAGGAAGUAAGAGUCUGAGUGAGAGUGAAUGAAAGUAAAUAAGGAAUAGGAUGUGAGAGAAUUUUGGUAAUGGUAAGUAGAGAGUAACAGUAAUAUGAGGUGUUGUGUAAGUGAAUAUAAGUGAAUGAGAGGCAGAAUAAAUGAAUGGAGGAAAAGAGGUAGAAUGAAAAUGGAGAUGAAAAAGCAGUAGCGUAUGAGUAAAUAUACGUAACGUGGAGCAGAGUGUGACCAAAUGGGGAUAACACAGGGCAGAUUCCAGUAAAUUAGGAUAAAAUGGGAUACAAUAAGAGAGAUAAAUGAGGUGUCAAGAAUGAGUAAAUGGGGGUAAUGAGGGGCAGAGGACAAGAAGGUAGUGAUCGUGUUUUGCAGAACAUAAGGAAUUGGAGGAGGUAGUAGGUCCAGUGCGAGUGAACAGAGCUGACUACUCAGCAGAGUGGGAGGAAUGCAGGCAAUGAGGGGCAGACUAAGUGGAAAUGGAGGUGACCAAGUGGUAGAGUAUGACUAAUGGGGAUAGAGUGGGACAGUGUUCAGGAAUGGAGGGGAAUGCGGGCCAAGCGUGAGGCUCAAUACCUGAGUCCUGUCUGUCAUUUGCAUGUUACCGGCCCCCAUCUCCCUGAGUCUCUUUAUGACAUCUCUGGGAUUCUCCCUGUCUUUGUCUCCUAUCUCUGUAUGUAUCUCAGCAUCUUUCUUUCUCCUUGUGUCUCUAUUUCUUGGUCUCUGACAGAACUGUCACUGGAGAAGGUGGUGAGGUGCCCAGCUCUCCAGCUUCUGUGUUCCAGAAUCCAUCAUUUAGAUCUUCAUUCAUACAGCCCAGAGUUCCAGAAUGCACCUAAUUCUGAACACUGCAGGGUGAAUCUGGAGCAAGGAGUCAGCUAGGAGGGCUUAUGGGUGUCGCAAUGGAGGCUUGGGGCACUGUAGUGGCAAUCCUGGCCACACUGAUGGUUGCCACUGUGGAUGCCAAAAUCUAUGGACGCUGUGAGCUGGCAAUGAAGCUGGACAAGGCGGGCCUCAAUGGCUUCAAGGGCUACACCAUUGGAGACUGGAUGUGCAUGGCACACUAUGAGAGUGGCUUUGACACCUCCUUCGUGGACCACAAUCCCGACGGUAGCAGUGAAUACGGCAUUUUCCAGCUGAACUCUGCUUGGUGGUGUGACAAUGGCAUUACACCUACCUGGAACCUCUGCCACAUGGAUUGCCGUGACCUGCUCAACCGCCACCUUCUAGAUGACAUCCUGUGUGCCAAGCAGGUCGUGUCCUCAAAAAAGGGUAUGACUGCCUGGGAUUCUUGGACCAAGCACUGUUAUGGCCAUGAUUUAUCUGAAUGGCUCAAGGGGUGUAAUAUGCGCGUGAAAAUUGACUCAAAGAAAAUGAAUUCAUGACUCAGAUACCCAGAGACAGAGAUUUUCUUUUCUUUUUCUUUCUUCUUUUUUUUUGGAUUUAAUAAAGGAUGGUAUCCAUAAACAAUGCAAGAGAACUUCUAAUGCCUGACUUCCUUCAAUUUUCCAACGCCUGGAGGUACCCCCAUUCAAUCAUUUCCCUCUUAUAUUUAAAUGCCUAAACAGGGGACACCAGAUCACUCAGGAGGGCAGGUUAGUGUUCUCCUGUUUUCAAAUCCCAGCCCUAUCACUUGUUAGCUGUGUUGCCUUGGGAAAGGCACUUAAUUUUUCUGUGCCUCAGUUUCCUCAUCUUAAAAUGAUGAUAAUGAUAGUAACUAUCUCAUGUGGUUGUUGGAUUAAAUAAAUUAAUGUUUAUAAAGCAUAUAAAGUACUUGGUACACAAGAUAGGUCUGGAGAUAGAGAGGCAGGGAUGGUGGGACAUGAAAACUGACUUCCCUUAAAAAUAAUCACUCAGUUGAGGUCACCACAGGGUCUCUAAUCAAGGCAGAUACAGUCUCUUGGGGGAUGGGGAUGGAAUUGGUUUCAGCUUACAUCGGAAGCUCAGUGAGAAUUAGCAGUUUACCAUACUCACACUCUCCCACAUCCUCCCACAUAUCACCAUUCUAAUUCUCAGUACCCUCCCAUCUCCUCUUUCAAGAUGAAUUUCCUAAAUUUCAAAUGACAUACUGGAAAUUUAGGCCAGGAAAUCAACGGAUGCAUACGAUAAUAAUUCCUUUCUACAGAGUGCUUGGGUUUCAGUCUGUAUCUUGAGUACAGAAUUUAAGAAUUUGAAAUUGCCAUUAUUUCUCUUUGUGCUGGCCAAC